AUGGGCCCCUGGUCCUAUGUGGAGCUGGAGGCAGCACGUGGCAUCAUGUUCUCUUCGGUCAGCAAAGCUAAACUGUCAGAGCUGUAUGCUCGGUGGGGCGGCAUCCCACGUUACGUCCUGAAGUACGCAGCCAACCCCGAACUGCAGGAGGAGCUUGAUGCAGCGGUGGCAACCGUUAAUAUGGAUCUCUUGUGGAAAUCCGUAGGCAACAUUGAAACUGCACCGGAUGUCAGCCACAAACUGAUCCACGUCGAGGAAUAUGCCAAGCAAGCUGGCCUGAGGUUAUGGAUGGGCCCCUGGUCCGAUGUGGAGCUGGAGGCAGCACGUGGCAUCAUGUUCUCUUCGGUCAGCAAAGCUAAACUGUCAGAGCUGUAUGCUCGGUGGGGCGGCAUCCCACGUUACGUCCUGAAGUACGCAGCCAACCCCGAACUGCAGGAGGAGCUUGAUGCAGCGGUGGCAACCGUUAAUAUGGAUCUCUUGUGGAAAUCCGUAGGCAACAUUGAAGCUGCACCGGAUGUCAGCCACAAACUGAUCCACGUCGAGGUGGAUGAGAACUGCAGCAGGAAACGCCUGGUCUUCGGCUCCGAGGAAAUCGGCCAGCGUGUGAUGCAGGAGUUGCAUCGGCAGGGUACUGCUGAGUUGGCCAAAUUCGUUAAGUGGUCCGCUGGCAGACCAGAUUUGGCCUCACUUAGAGGCAUAAUGUUCCAGGUGCUAGCACAUGACUUGCUGUGCCGGGGCGGCUCGUUUCGUAUGCGCAGCCUUUCUAACCCCGGAGAGCAGGAGGUCAGCCUGGAGGUGCCGGAAAUGGAGUUGAUGGAGGUGCAGGACAGCGACCUCAAAGAAAUCAGCCCCACAACAAAAGGGUCUGGGCUCCUGGUGCCGGUGGCGAGGAACUUCGCCGGUGUGGACAGCUUUUUGAUUUUGCCUGACAGCAACGGCAAGGCAGCGCGACUGCUCCUUAUCCAGGUGACUGUCUCUGCCAAUCACCGUAUUAGCGCGUCAGGGCUGCAAACCUCCAUGCGGAAACUGUCCAGGGACCUGAAGGGGCUCAAGCGCGAAAUGUACUUUGCAGUGCUGCCCGACCUGUUCAAGCAGUUCAGGAAGCAACAGUUUGAGGGGGCAGCUAAGGACUCCAUCGAGAUCGAUCAGUUUGCCAUCGAGAUCCCCCUGCUGUGGCAGCUGCAUCCGCUGGUGAUGGCUGGUAUGGUGGCCGCUGUGGAUGUGGGCACAAGGUUGUGAACGUCAGAGGCUUAGAAAUCUAGUCGGUGGCUUUGCUUGUCUUGGUCACCAUGGCAUGAUGCCUUAUUGGGCCCUCUAGACAUGCAAAUUCAUGUUAACGGUUGGGCUCGCAGCUGGUGUGUACCUGGGGACUGGGCAUUGCUGGGCAUUUGCUCAUUUGCUGGUGUUGCAGGUUGUGUAGAUAUAGGCACAGAUGGGCAUGUAUCUGUAAGUGCCCUGAGUUGUACAAGGAAACAGCUACAGAUAUGAGUGGUAGCAUGGGCGGAGUAGGUUUGUACGGCUGAAUAUGUGUACACUUGUGUACGGCUGAAUACAUGCCUUGGCAUCUCUGAACGGGCCUGCAUGUGUUGGACUGCUGUUGGGGGUGCUGGCUGUGAGGUGUUUGCAGCUCAACAGUGGGUGUUCUGCUUUCAGGAAGGGAGGCGUGCUGGGGCAGCAAAGUGAUGCUGUAUGAGUAGAUUGUUUGGCAAGCAAGGGUGUGAGAAGUCAUUGCAAUUGUGUACUUUGUGGGCAGGUGGCACAGGCUGGCAUGGACCUCCUGGAUUGGAGUGUAGUGUGAUUGCAUGUUGACCUUGCCCUGGACAUGAACCUGUGGGAUGGAGGAGGGGAAAAGGAUGUCGAUCCUGGCACGCGGCACUUGAUUGUGAAGUAAUGCAACAUGAGGCAGACAGACAGUGCGCCUGCAAUGGGAUGGUCAUGUAAGUGCCUUAAUAAUGAGGAGGCAUGGCAAGUCCGUGCAGCACCUAAGCUUGACCUGGUAAACAGGCUCGAUAGACGGUCAUUGGCAAAGAAGUGGUCAGAGACUUUGCUGUGCGGGUGUAUGGGGGCUGCAUUCAAAACAAAAGCAAAACAACACUUACUAAAUGAUGAACCCAAAACGAUUAGCAUGGUGCUUUCCUUGAGAUACCUGUCACGUGCUACACCGUCAUGCAUG